CCGCCCUUCGCCUGACGGAGGGGGGCGGCGGAAAAUCCUGUCAGGCAGAGCUGGCGCGGAUCGCUCCGGCUCGGCCUGCCUGGCUCGGCUCGGCUCGGCCUCCUCCUCCUUUUCCUCCUCCUCGAGCGGGACGGGCCCAGCGCCGCCAUGGGCACCCGCGACGACGAGUACGACUAUCUCUUCAAAGUGGUGCUGAUCGGAGACUCCGGCGUGGGGAAGAGUAACCUCUUAUCCCGUUUCACACGGAAUGAAUUCAACCUGGAGAGCAAAAGCACCAUUGGGGUGGAGUUUGCCACCAGAAGCAUCCAGGUGGAUGGGAAGACGAUAAAGGCCCAGAUCUGGGAUACGGCAGGCCAGGAGCGCUAUCGUGCCAUCACCUCUGCCUACUACCGUGGUGCCGUUGGGGCCCUUCUGGUUUACGACAUUGCCAAGCACCUGACCUACGAGAACGUGGAGCGUUGGCUGAAGGAGCUGCGGGAUCACGCAGACAAUAACAUUGUCAUCAUGUUGGUGGGGAACAAGAGCGACCUGCGUCACCUGAGAGCUGUGCCGACGGAUGAGGCCCGUGCUUUUGCAGAAAAAAACAAUCUCUCGUUCAUUGAAACUUCAGCACUUGACUCAACAAAUGUAGAAGAAGCCUUCAAGAACAUCCUUACAGAAAUUUAUCGCAUCGUGUCCCAGAAGCAGAUCGCAGACCGGUCUGCCCACGACGAGUCUCCGGGGAACAACGUGGUGGACAUCAGCGUGCCUCCCACCACCGACGGACAGAAAUCCAAUAAACUCCAGUGCUGCCAGAACCUGUGACCUCCCUCGGCCGCUGCCCGUCCUCCUCCUCCUCCUCGGUCUGUUCUUCAGCCGGAGACACGUGCGCACUUCCUGGGCCCCUCCCCUUUGCUGACCCCUCUUUCCUCCCUUCCGUUUUAGAGCAUUCUCAGAAGAGGGCUAACCUCCCCUUCCCUGUGACUGGUGAUGAAUGUAAUGCUGGGUGGGUGGGUGGGAGGGGUGGGUAUCUUUGAAAUUCCACCACGAGCCAGGAAAUGUUCUCUCGUGUGGGUGCUCGUGGGUGCUCGUGGGUGCCUCAUUUAGAAGAACAGAAAGGAUGGGUGCUUGAGGGACCUCAAGGGAGCGUUUUCGUUGUUGUUUUGUUGCCUUUCAGGCUGCUCUGCAGGCACAAAAGAACUCUUAAAUCAAGGAGAAUCCACCCUUUUCUGGCUUCUCAGGAGCUCUUGUUGGGGGGGCGUCUGUCCUGUGGGCGUGCACACUGCACACUCACACCUGGAAACGCAUCGAUGGCCCUGUGACUUGUUCGCCUUCCUCUCUCGGGUCUCAAGGGCAAAUGGGUGUGGGGGCAUAGCUUUCCUCAUUUUUUGCCCACUUCUUUCUCUUGGAUCUCUGCCCCCCCCCCCGCCCCCCUCUCCUCCCCGCUUUCAGCCUGGGACAAUGAAGUCUGUCUGUGCGCAGUGAUCUCAGCCUUCUCCCGACCCACCACCGGAGCUGCGCGCACGUCCUGAGAACCGGCUUGGAGAUGUCACUCUGGCAUGACACUAACAAACGUUAAUAUAUAAAGUACCAGCCGAAGGCUUUCCGGGUCCCCUUUUUUCCACCAUAGGAAUGCUUCCUCAUGUAUCUCCGAGAUUCCAUGUCUGCAUGUUGGCUUUCUUCCCUAGAUAGUCCCUGCCCUCCCCCACCCCCUGGUUCCCCUCCCCCUUCCCUUCGGAUUGAGUGUGAAGCAAUAUUUUUCAUGCCAUGUACAUAACUUGCACUGGUAAGGUUCUUCAAAGGAAUAGUUGUAGAGAAUCAGAUACUUGAUAGCUUCUUCUUCUUCUUCUUCUUUUUUGGUAACAGUUGAGCAUCUUGGAAUUUGUAUUAUCUCCUUUUAGGACACUUGUGGUUUAUUUCUUAUCAUCUUAAUAUGCAGCUCUCUCUCUCUCCCUUGAGUAUUUACGUUCUCCCCCCCCCAUUAUAUUUGGUGCACUGAAGAUCUAACAUUGGCCAAGGUAAAAACAUGGUGCACCCCUAAUUAGAAUAUUUGCUGGCAAACCCAUCAUUUGCAAGAAAGGAUCUUGAUUCCACCGAACCUGAUUCUGCUAAUUUUUAUUUUAUUUUUUGCUGUUCAGUUUUGGAAGGAAGGAUGAAAACAGCUGAUGGGGCUGGGGUUUCUAAAUAAUCACAACAGCCUCUGGCCAGGAGGCAGUUAUUGCUGGGCAAGCAGCUGCAACGUGUACGUGUGUUUUGCCAGCAGAAUUUUGAUCUUGCCCCAUUUAUUUGGGGCAUGGUCACGAGAGCAGGACGGUUGCCAUUAGCUUCUGUUAUCUGGUUGGACAAAAAUGAUUUCGGAGCGUAAUUUCGACAUUCCUCUAAAUCCGUUGCCUAGAUCUCAAAUGGCACUUUUUUUUUUUGCCAGUCAACAAAUUUUUAAAAAGAGCCAUUUUGCGAUUCGAAUUUUUUAACCUCUGAUCUAUUGAGAAAACCCCUUUAAGGAUAGCCUGGGAAGGAAGGAAGGAAGCUGUUGUCCUCUUGCCAGCUGAUCUCCAGAACGGAGCCGGCCUUCCCCUGGGCUUGGCAGCCUGCUUUCCGAGCAGGGUUUGCUGAGUCAGAAGGCACGCAAGAAAACAAGAGCAUUUCUUUUGGAGCCUGGCCAUUUUAUCUCUCUUCGGAUGCUGCCGUCUGCUCCAAAGCCACAAAGACGACAUCACCAUGGCUUGGAGAGGCAGGAGAGGCGAUUUGUUUUGAGGGAAGUUCUGGAGGCAGGCUGGCUGCUCGGGCCUCCUUCCUGAUUUCGGAGAGGUGUUUUUGAACUGUUUUGUGUUUUUGGGAAGCGCUGCAUGUGAGGCGCUUCUGGUUGUUGUCAUCUCGGUGGGGUUUUUUCUGGCACAUCCACACAUGGCGAGGCCUUUCCUCUGACUAAGGCAGUCCAGGGUGCAGAUUCAGCCGUUAUGUAACCAGCGGAGAAAAUAUGGCUCCCUGGGAAUAAGUGAACAGCCACCCACAUUACAAGGGGUCGGUUUGGGUCUCCUCUUCCAGGCUGUAUUGGAUGGGUAGCCCACCCGACAUGGCCUUCCUUCAAGUGUUGCUGGCAGGCUCAGUUGGUCUACCCAUUAUCAGACCUGAAUCUCCUUUCCCAUGUUGGACCCCAGACCUAGUAGAUCGAAUCUCCUUCAAAUUUAAAGGCUAUCCUGUUUCUCGGACCCUCUGCUCCCCUUUAAAUUGCACCCAAAUCUUUCUUUGGAAAGAGUGACUGGAUUCCCCCCCCCCUUCCCAGUCAAUCUCAGAUGACACCCCCCCUUUUCGUUUUUGGUCUUUGGUUCUGGAGGCAUUUCUCUUAAAAGGAACCGAGGAAUAAUUUCACGGGGGGUGGGGACCCAGCUUCUGUAAGGAUGAAGGGAGGGAGGGAAGCACAACAGGAAGUAUUGGAAGAAAUGCCCCCCUCCCUAACCUGAAGAACCUCAAGCAGCCCUUCCGAGGUGGGCAAGUUAUCAGUCCACAUGCUACGUGUUUGCAUUUGAACUAACAACUCCGUGGAAAUCUCUCCCUCCUCUGGAUCAUAGCAGCUAACUCAAUUAAAUAGGAGGAACAUGGUGCCUCCAAUUCUCUCUGGUUGCUCCUUGGCCUCGGCCCAAGUUGGCUCUUCUUCUUUGCUCCUUGCUUUUUUGACUUGCUGUUGCUAACUCUCAGUCGCCCCUCCUGCUGCUGGCACCUUCAGGGCUGAAGACCCUCGGGGCCAAGGAAGAGAAGAAAUCUGAGCAGUGCUGAAUGUCCAGGCCCCAUUCCCCUCCUGCUCCCCCCAACCCCCCUCGCCUCCCUUGGCUGCCUUGCAAGGAUCUUUGGCACUCGGCAACUGGGAGACCAAACCCCUUUGAGGCAUCUCUGCCUCCCGCAGCACCCAAGUUUGAGAUGGGGGGGGUCUCUCUCUCUCCCUGGGAAAAACCGCAACCUUUGCAAGGGUCUAAAGAAGGACAGUGUGGCAGUUCUGGGGCUUGGAAUCGGCCACCGAGUGCUGGCGAAACUCUGGCAAGGCUAUGAAAUUUCUUCUCUCGCCUGGUUUUGAAGCCUCCUGGAGCCUGAAGAAACUCCAGAGGUGGUAGGGAGAGGAAGGAGUCCGAGGGAUGUUGUGUGUGUGUGUGUGUGUGUGUGUGUGUGUGUUUUUUUUCUUUCUUUCCCCCUCUUCAUGGCUUCCUGCAGAUUCUUUGUUAAGUGCAAUUCCCCUUGUAAAUAAUUCCCCUUGGAUUUUGUGCAUGGUUAUUCUGUAUUGUGGAUAUAUAAAGAUUGCCAAACCAAAUAG